AUGGAGACUUUAAUGAUGUCUCAGCUGCCGCAGUUCGCUUGGAGGAACGUGCUACGGGGACUGUGGCGGGACCAUGUCACGCGCGCGGAUUUGCCGGGGAAAAGAAUGAGGGAAGCAAUAGGUCCCAACAUUGAAGACUGGCUGGACCGUAGGUCUGGUUUCCUAACAUUUAGAUUGACUCAGUUCCUGACCGGUCACGGGUGCUUCGGCACAUAUCUGUUUAGAAUCAAUAAAGAGGACACUCCGAUGUGUCGCUACUGCGAUACAGAAGAGGACACUCCCGAACACACGUUAGCGGUGUGUCAUUUUUGGGCAUUGGAACGCGGGGAACUCACCGCUGCUGUUGGACAAAAUCUCUCCCUUGAGAACAUCGUUGCCAAGAUCUGCACUUCUAAGGAGCGCUGGAACGCGUUCUCGAUCUUCGCUGAGCGCGUCCUUCAGCGUAAGAAAGAGGACGAACGGCAGAGGCAGCAACAAAUUGCCUUUGAUCCCGGAUAA